AUGCCGCUUCAAAAAUCAUAUUCCGACAGUCGAGGAAUAGCAAAGCCGCAUAAUCGGUCAACAUGGCAAAGAUCACAUAGCCACCCCAACGGAUACCAUACUCCGAAGCCUAGACCGCCCAUUCCUGCAUCCGAUGCCACCAAAACAAAACUCAACAAAUUCCGAUUCGAAGCCCUGGUCGACGACGAGUCACCGCAAGCUUGCCAGAGUGCCGAGCAAGCGCAGUCAAGGCCCGGCCACGCUGACCAGUCAACGCCGGUGACGAGACUCAACUGGCGCGAUUUGGAACCUCUGGCCAAUGCAGAAGACACCGACAAGGACGCAUCUCCCAAUGACCGCAUUCUCUGGGAUAACAAGCCACGCGGCAGCUAUGCCUCCGGCUUGUCGCCAAUGCUCGGCCGGAGGGGCAAGAAGCGUGCCAGGAGCUCGUCACCGACUUCGUCUCCAGCUGCCGACAAGCCGAGUGUCCCCGUUGUCAACAUCAAGAGGCUGACAAAAGCCUUGCGCUCCCCGCAUCCCGAUCCGACCUUUGAGCUCUGGGACAGGUUCUCCCUUGCCAGCCCUGCCAGCCGAAAGACGCCCGUUGCCAAUCCGGCGCUCGCCCAGCUGAUGGUCUCUUCCUCGCCGCAGCCCAACAAACAACCCGAACCCCAACCAGGAAGCGUCAACCUGCGCCGUGCUGCCAGCUGUGGGCUCAAUUGGCCCAAACGAAGAAAGCUCGAAAAGUCCAAAUCAGGAAGCCAGCUUGGCAAAGGCCAGCGCGACCUCGAGGCUGCAUCCAAAUCUUCCCUUGUGUCUGCGCUCCUGAAUACAGUCACGAGCAGCAUGCAAGAGGAUAGCUCCGGUGACGCCCGACGUGCUAUCGAGUCACCUUCACCGAAAGAGAAGAAGCACGUCGCUGUAGAGGCACUUCCUGUUUACGUCCCCUGCAAAGCAAACGGCAAGGAAUCUUCCGGAGGCUCCUCGGAUUAUGGCGAUGACGAGUUUGACGAUGACGCACUCAUUGAGCUUGAACUAACUACCACCACCCCCGCAACCCAAGAAACUCCGAUAAAGCCCAGAGUCAGUAAACCAGCUGCCAUGAUCCCACCAAAGCCGAAAUCGGAUGACUUCGACGAUUUGGACGACGAGCUGUUCGAUAAUGAGGAGCUGGUACGGCUAUCACAGAAACUAGUCUUGCAGCAGCCGAAGCGCGAGGCUAUCCAGAAGAAACCAGCAGUGCCAGCAGAAGAUCUCGAUGACGAAUUUGAAGAUGAUUUUGCAGAUGAUAUAGAUUUUGAGGCUGUCGAGUUGGCAGCAACGCAAUCAUUUCAGCAAGCCAAGGCCAAUGCUGGCCGUAUCAACAAGGACAAGACUAUACAGCGGUAUCUAAUUACCAACGUACUGGAAAGCGAAUACAUCGACCAGUAUAACGUUGCGCGGCCUGAGAAGAUACUAUUGAUCAUGCCCGAUAACUCAAAACUUACACGUCAAGUUCAUCUCCGAGGCGCCUGGUACGACACCCCUGCUCACGCCAAGUCAUACGUGCAUGUCAUUGGCAAAUUCUCUAUCAACGGGCAGUGCGUUGUGGAUGACGCGCAAAACCUACUCAUUCUGCACCCUGACCAACUUGUCUCGGCUACCGUGGUUGCCGACUCGUUUGGCUGCAUGCGCCGUGCCGUUUUGCAAGACCGGGUAAAAGCUACUAGCGAGGCAUCCGCGCCCUUGGUAUAUGGAACAAUGCUUCACGAAAUUUUCCAAGAUGCCUUGCUCGCGAAUCGAUGGGAUCUUCCUUUCCUUGCUCGGUUAAUUGAGAAAAUUACCGAGAAGCACGUUGAGGAACUGUACACCAUCAAGGUCGGGCUGCCCAGCGCGCGCGAGCAUCUGCAGUCCAAAAUGAUGGAACUAAGCUAUUGGGCCAAGUCGUUUGUUUCUCCGCAACCCAAUAAUGAUGCUGUUGUGGAAGACCGAAACGGCAAAAAAGCUACUAUGGCUGUCACAAAACUACUUGAUGUCGAAGAACAUGUCUGGUCGCCAAUGUAUGGUCUCAAGGGCAACAUUGAUGCAACCGUCGAGGUGAACAUGAUGGAUGGCGAACAAUCACGAUUGUUGACAGUUCCAUUCGAGGUCAAAACAGGUCGAAAUGCCAGCAGCAGCCACAUGGCACAGACCGCUCUCUACACCUUGUUACUAUCAGAUCGUUACGAUAUAGAAAUCGCCUAUGGUGUCCUCUACUACAUGGAGACCUCGAAGACGAUGAGAAUUCCUGCUGUCCGACAUGAGCUCCGCCACAUGAUUAUGCAAAGAAAUCAGCUCGCCUGCUACAUUCGCGAACGAAGUGUUCAGCUACCGCCAAUGCUAAAGAGCAAGAACAUGUGUGGGCGAUGCUAUGCCAAACCAUCCUGCUUCAUAUAUCAUCGUCUAGCAGAUGACGGCGAUGGCGAAUCUAGCGGAAUGGACGAACAGUUUGACGAGCUCGUGAAGCAUCUCACCCCACGUCACCAAGAGUUUUUUAUCAAGUGGGAGAAUCUACUUACGAUAGAGGAGAAAGAAAGCCAAAAGACGAAACGAGAAUUGUGGACAAUGACUAGCAAUGAGCGAGAAAAGAAGUCGAGAUGCUUCGCUGACGUUAUUAUCGAAGAGGGUUCUGCUUCAGUGGACUCUGACACGCCACGCAUCAACCGCUUCCACUACACUUUUGUCAAGAGAAAGCCCGGACCUGGUUUCUCCUUUCUGGAAUCCGAGAUCAGUGUGGGUGAGCCUAUUGUGGUGUCCGAUGAGGAGGGCCAUUUCGCAUUGGCAAUUGGCUACGUCACGGCACAACGCAAGCAGAGAAUCAGCGUCGCUGUUGAUCGAAGACUCCACAACAGUCGAAUUCGCCAUCCUGGCUUUGAUGAAGUCGAUAAUCAGGUGUUUGCCAGUAUUAUGGAAGUCGCUCCAGAAGGUGCCUCUGUCGAGCAGAGCCAAGGGCGGAUCAAAGCAGCGCCGAUUCGAUAUCGUCUUGAUAAAGACGAAUUCAGCAACGGUAUGGCAACCGUGAGGAACAAUAUUGUUCAGAUUAUGAACAAUCAAUUCGCCGAACCAAGACGUAUUCGAGAGCUCAUUGUCGACCUUGAAGCUCCUCGGUUCAAGCACAUUCCGACACAAUACACCGUCUCUGAGCAAGAAACCCUGAAUGUGGAUCAGAAGAAGGCAAUUGAAAAGGUCAUGAGUGCCCAGGACUAUGCUUUGGUCCUGGGUAUGCCGGGGACAGGAAAGACUACGACGAUUGCUCACAUUAUUCGAGCUCUCACGUCGCAGGGUAAAAGUGUUCUUCUCACUUCGCACACUCACACUGCUGUGGAUAACAUUUUGUUAAAGCUCAAAUCUGACAAGAUGAAGGUUCUACGCCUGGGAGCCCCGGCUAAGGUUCACCCCGAUGUGCAAGAAUUUGCUAUUCUCGCGGGUCAACCCAAGACGACUUUUGAGGAGAUCAAGGAGGCCUGGCAUGACACACCGGUCGUCGCAACAACCUGUCUUGGCAUCAAUCAUCCUGUUUUUCAGGAACGCGCGUUCGACUACUGUAUCGUCGACGAAGCUUCUCAGAUAACUCUUCCUAUCUGCGCAGGACCAAUUCGCAUGGCCAGGACAUUUGUACUUGUUGGAGACCACAACCAACUUCCGCCGGUUGUGAAGAAUGAAACAGCACGCCAGGGUGGUCUAGAUGUGAGCUUGUUCAAAUUGCUAUCGGACAGUCAUCCUGAUUCAGUCGUCAACCUAGCACAUCAAUACCGGAUGUGCGAAGACAUUAUGACGCUGAGCAACACCUUGAUCUACGACGGCAAACUUGUUUGUGGCACAGAAGAGCUACGAAAGAAGAAGCUGCAUAUUCCAAACAUGAAGGCUCUAUCGCAGCGACACCACAACGCUUCCACAGUGCUGCUUCCCGGAACUCCUCGGUCAUUCUGCAAGGGGCCGGCGCCAUCUCAAUGUUGGUUGUAUGAUCUUCUAGAAAGCGAAGCCCGCGUGCGCUUCGUCAACACCGAUACCAUUCGGCCCGCUGCACGCGAAGAGGCACAUGGAAAACGUAUUGUCAACUCGGCGGAGGUGCGCAUCGUUUCGCAAUUAGUUGAGAGUUUCCUAACUGUCGGUAUUCCUGCGAGCGAAGUCGGAGUCAUGACGCACUAUAGGUCGCAGCUAUCCCUGUUGAAAGACAAGCUAAAGGGCUAUCCUGGCGUAGAGAUGCACACGACUGAUCGAUUCCAAGGCCGAGACAAGGAAGUCAUUGUACUGAGCUUGGUGCGCAGCAACGAUGCAUGCCAUAUUGGCGAGUUGCUGCGUGACUGGAGGCGAAUCAAUGUGGCUUUUACCCGCGCCAAAACCAAGCUCCUUGUCAUUGGAAGCAAAAGCACACUGAGUGGCAGCAACGUGAAUAACAAGGAGAACAUGCUCAGUCGGUUUGUUGCGCUGAUGGAGCAACGCGAUUGGAUCUACAAUUUACCCCCCGAUGCACUCGACAACCAUUACUUUGAAGAACUCGGCACGCAGGCAACGAGCAUGGGCGGUACACAAGUUUCCUCGCCACAAAGCCAUAAGAAGAAAUCACUAGGAGCCAAGAAGGCGCUGUCGGCGGCACCUGGGAAAGAGAACCGGCGGCCAUCGCCCAGGAAGGCGCGUAUUGGUGAGAGAGCUCUGCUCAAGGAUAAGUUGAUAACGAGGGAUAUCCUCAAUGAAAUGACGAACGGGGCAUAUUGA